GCGGCGAGCAUUGUUGUACUGUCAAAUGAAAAACUUGUCACGCAAAACGCAAAUCGAAGCGAAGCUACUCGAUAUUCAGCAAUAAUAUUCAUAAGAAUAUAAAUUUUAGCAAUAUUUAAGAAAAUCCUGCAAGUCUAAACCAUGGCGGAUGUUCUCGAUAUCGAAAAUUCCGAGGAAUUCGAAGUCGACGAAGACGGUGAACAGGGAAUUGCCAGAUUGAAAGAGAAAGCAAGGAAACGCAAGGGCCGUGGAUUCGGUCACGAAGGGGGCUCCGGUGGAGCUGCCGAGCGUGGCAACCGAGGAAGGUAUGACAGCCUUGCACCAGAGGGAGACGGGAACACACCGGGCCCCCAGCGCUCUGUGGAGGGCUGGAUCCUGUUUGUCAGCAAUGUCCAUGAGGAGGCACAGGAAGAGGACAUUCAGAACCAAUUCUCCGAGUUCGGGGAGAUUAAGAACAUCCACUUGAACUUGGACCGGCGCACAGGCUUUCUGAAGGGCUAUGCCCUCGUCGAGUAUGAGACUUAUAAGCAGGCAGCGAGCGCCCGCGAAGCCCUGGACGGCGCCGACAUCCUCGGGCAGGCCAUCUCCGUGGACUGGUGCUUCGUCAAGGGCCCCACCAAAGUGCACAAGAAGAGGCGAUAGUGUCCAAACCAACAGUGAAACACUCUUAAAGCAAUUUAUGGUAUCUCAACUGAACUAGCCUUAUCUAUACUGUAUCUUUAGUUAUUUAAAUAAAACUAAACAAACAAUUUGUAAAUUUUCAGGUAGUUAUAACAUUCAUUGGUUAACCAGCCAAAUACAAAACUGCCUGGAUCUGUCACUGAACGACCUGAUUUUAACCUACAUUAUUUGAUCAUGUAAUGUUUUCAUCUACCCUCAACUGGCUUAAGGAAUCAUUUGAGGGUAGAUUUUGUUUCCUUUUAUUUAAAUACCUAAAGAUAUACCCCCUUAUUCAUAAACGUCUACUAAAGUUGACAGCCGCUAAUAAUCGUUUGUCCCUUUCUAUCAUACCAAUACGUCAGAAAGGGACAAACGAUUAUUAGCGGAUUGUCAACUUUAGUAGACGUUUAUGAAUAAGGGGGAUAGAGUAUAGGAUAUGUCCUACAGAUGGUGUUCAAACGAGAUAUCACUUAUUCUUAGAGAACUGACCACCUCUUCCUAACUAGCGAAAUGUUAUAUAACUAAUCAUAGUGAUGAUUUUUUUACCAGAUAACCGUCACUGAAGUAUUUGGUAACUUGACUCAAAUGACUAAAAUGAUCAAAUUAGAUCAAAAUACCAACAGAAUAUUGUGAAUCUUUUAAUUGUUGAAACCUCAAAAUGAAAGAGGAAAUAUUACUCUCGUAGAAUAUUGUGCUAGAUAAAUAGUCUAUGGUUAUUUAUGAAGAAAGAAAUGCUGAUUUGUCCGUCGUUACUGUAUUUUGAGGUUAUAAACAAUUGAUUAUAUAAAAACAAAGGAUGCAAAUAAUGUUUAUUCAGAUAGAAUGUUGAUUAUCAAUCUGUCAAUCACAAAUUAAAUUCCUGUUAAUAUGACAUUGAUGCUAGUUGGCGCGCUAUGCGAUGCACUUUGCUAUAUGUAUUGUAUUGUAUGUUAUAUAUUUAUGUAUGAAGCUUGGUUUGAUGGUGUGUUCGAAGUGCUUAGCGUAACGAUUCCCUUAGACUUUAACAUAAAUAUAAGAGAUAUUUCUAA